CUCUCGAGCAGCUGCUCACAGAACUUGAAGAUUUUCUGAGGAUCCUGGACAAGGAGAACUUGAGCAGCACGGCUGUCGUGAAGAAGAGUUUCCUCUCUGACCUCCUGCGGGUGUACACCAAGUCCAGCGGUGGUGAUGAGGAAUACAUUUACAUGAACAAAGUGACCGUCCAUAAGCAGCAGGGUGACCAAGAGAAACAAGACAAAGCACUGGAUCGGAGAGACUCCUUGAGCAAUGGAGACCUCGGAGUGCACUCGUCCCCUCCGCAGAAGAGCCUGCCAGACCUCCCCCCUCCAAAGAUUCCAGAAACAAAACAGCCUUUGGUCCCCAAGAUCGAAUCCCCAGAAGGAUAUUAUGAAGAGGCUGAGCCAUAUGACAUCUCUGUAAAUGAAGAUGGUGAUGCAGUUAGUAGCUCAUACGAAUCAUACGAUGAAGAAGAGAGCAGCAAAGGCAAGUCAGCGACCCACCAGUGGCCAUCCACGGAGGCCACCAUUGAGCUGAUGAAGGACGCCCGCAUCUGUGCAUUCCUGUGGAGGAAGAAGUGGCUGGGACAGUGGGCAAAACAGCUGUGCGUUAUCAAGGACACCAGGUUGCUGUGCUACAAGAGCUCCAAGGACCACAGCCCUCAGCUCGAUGUGAAUUUGCUGGGCUGCACUGUCAUUCACAAGGAGAAGCAAGUGAAGAAGAAAGAGCACAAGCUGAAGAUCAUCCCCGCGAACGCCGACGUCAUCGUGCUGGGGCUGCAGAGUAAAGACCAGGCAGAGCAGUGGCUCAGGGUCAUCCAGGAGACCAGUGGUCUCCAGUCCGAAGGAGGCAGUGAAGGCAAUCAGUACACCCCGGAUUCACAGCGUCUUUGUUACCCAAAGGUAGAGCUAUCCGAGAGAUAUUCUGCAGCCUCAGAGAGUGGGAGCAGCACAGACGGCCACACAGAGACAACUGAAGCAAAAGAUGUUAAGAAGAAAGGAACAACUGGCCUAAAACUAAGCAACCUGAUGAACCUUGGGAGGAAAAAAUCCAGCUCCAUGGACAGCCCAGAGAGAUCGCUGGAGACUUCAAGUUACCUGAAUGUGCUAGUGAACAGUCAGUGGAAGUCCCGCUGGUGUCACAUAAAAGAUGGUCACCUCCAUUUCUACCAGGAUAAGAACCGAAGUAAAUUGGCUCAACAGCCUCUGAAUUUGGCGGGUUGUGAAAUUAUCCCGCAGCCAAUUCCUGAUCAUCUCUAUUCCUUCCAUAUCCUGCACAACGGGGAAGAACGGGUCACUCUGGAGGCCAAAUCCUCGGAGGAAAUGGGCCAUUGGCUGGGCCUUCUCUUACUGGAGUCAGGUUCAAAAACAGACCCGGAGGAGUUUACCUAUGAUUAUGUGGACGCCGAUAGAGUUUCCUGCAUUGUCAGCGCUGCAAAGAAUUCCUUCUUGGUAGCUGCCGUGAGGCUUGGGGCACGUGUCCAGGCUGCUCUCCUCUAUGACGAUGUGGAUGUGCCAGAUGUGCCUGGGGAAGAAGGACCCAAGAGUGAAAACAAAUCUGAAGGGGACCAUGACAGAGUGUACCUGGAUCUCACCCCAGUGAAAUCUUUCCUGCACUGUGCUGGCAAGCAGCUUUCACCCCGGAGCUCUCCCUCUUUAGAACGGGCUGGCAACAAGGGCUUAGCAGAUAGUGUAAGCGAAACAACCCUUGUGGCUAAGGAAGACGAACCCUCCAGAAAGACAGUGGAAAUUUUGGAGCAGAAAAGCCCAGAGAAACCGGAGCCCGAGGAGCUGCCGCCAAGGGCCUCAACCAUCAAACUGCAGACGGAGCAGCAGCAGAUCGCGUUCCCGCAGGCGGGCCCCGAGCCCACGGCCUGCCCCGCGCUGCUGGGCAGCCCGCAGCUGCUGCCCGCGCACAGGGACAGGCUGGAGCGGCCCAAGCUGGCACUGCCCGCAGCAGCGGUGGAAACCAAGCUAGGCAAGAACAGGACGGAGGCUGAAGUGAAGAGAUUCACAGAGGAGAAGGAGCGGCUGGAGAGAGAGAAGGAAGAAAUCCGAGCUCAGCUCACCCAGCUGCGGAAGGAGAGGCGGGAGCUGAAGGAAAUGCUAGCGGGUUGCACAGAUAAGAGCCUCGAACAGAGACUGAAGGAGAUAGAAGAAGAGUGCAAAAAGAAGGAGAGCAAGAGGGUGGACCUCGAGCUGAGCCUGGUGGAAGUGAAGGAAAAUCUGAAGAAAGCCGAGUCUGGCCCCGUGACGCUGGGCACCGCUGUGGACACCACGCACCUGGAGAACGCAGCCCCCAAGAUUCAAGUGAAAACCACCAGUCCGGCGAACAGUGUGGAGAACUCACCAGUCAAUUCAGCGACAGCUUUAAAAAACAGGCCAUUAUCUGUCAUGGUAACAGGAAAGGGGACAGUUCUACAGAAAGCUAAGGAAUGGGAGAAAAAAGGAGCUAGUUAGAACUACAUUUUCAACGGUAGACUAAAGACUGGAAUUGCCCAUGCAUGGACAAGAAAGUUCAAUCAUCUGGAGAUAGAGGUGGGAUGUGAAACACAAUCGCACACCUAGCACCUCCUCCACGUCGUGCAACUGUUCACAUGCAACAGGGGAGCUAACAGCUGCCGAUACAAAAGAUCCAUCAAGUGAUCUUGCUCUUCCCACACCAGUCCCAUCAAAAGAGUAACAACCAGUGGCAAUCCUUGCAUCAAAUUUCUAACUGGGUUGAUGUAAACAAGAAUGUUAUUGUACAUAGGGGUGUUUCGUGUAUAUCUACUCUGGAGAUUUAUCAAUGAGUUAAGGUUUCUAUAUUAGUGACAGUAGUGGAUUCAGAAUGGGCCUCUGCUCUUCUUUAUACUCCAGUGGUGUUCAGCCUGUCUUAGUAAAUUAC